AUGGCUGCUAUAUUUGCUCGAGUCCAUCUUUUGCAAAAUAAAAUAUAUAAAGUCAAAUUACAAUUUCUUACUUUCAUAUGGCCACGCCCCUCUGGCUUCUAUAAAGUGCUCGAGCUGUCGCUGCUGAGGCAUUUGGGAUCUUGUGGGAUCCUGGCAGAAAGGAGAACCAGCUUUCAGCUCCGCCCUACUCUUCCCAUGAGGUCCACCAGGCGCACUUUCAUCAGCCUGGCUGCUCCCAUCAGUAACCGUAGGAUGGAGUACACUGAGAGCAGGAUAUUAGAGUACACUCCAGAAGAGAUGUACAACGUGGUGGCUAACGUGGAAGAGUACAAGUAUUUUGUUCCCUGGUGCAAGAAGUCUCGAAUGGUGAAGGGACCGAAUGGUGACAUCCUGGCAGAACUGGAAAUCGGUUUUCCUCCAAUCACUGAGAGAUAUACAUCUAAGCUCACGUUUGUUCCUAACCACCAAGUCAGAGCUGUGUGCUCUGACGGAUCGCUCUUCAGCCAUCUUGAAACGAUGUGGAGGUUUGCCCCCGGAGCCAAAGACCUACCAGGCUCCUGCAAGGUGGAUUUCUCUGUGUCCUUUGAGUUCAAGUCUCUGCUGCACUCUCAGCUGGCCUGCGUUUUCUUCGACGAAGUUGUGAAGCAGAUGUGGCAGUAUGCACCUAUGACCUGCUUGCAACCUGCUCUAAUAAGAGAGAAGAAGAAGAAAAGUAGGUGGAUAGGUUGGAGAAGUCUGUGGACAAAGGCAAACAAUCCAAACGCUUCAAGCAUGAAGACGGUUGUUGUUCUUUUACUGGCAUUCAAGCUCUGUUGUUCUGAUCUUGGACCUGAUGAAAACAAUGCAAAACUUGGCCAGGGCUCAGGCUUCGCCAGCUGCUGUAACAUCUGCCCUCUCACAUCUGUAACUCAAACUGUUGGAGAGCUGAAAGAGAAAGUUGCCAACAUGGAAGAAAAAAUAACUUUUCUGGAGACCAGGCUGCAAAGCACGGAAAAAGAAGUCCUGGAGUUACGGAGCCUCAUUGGAGGUGCUCCUCAGGUGGCUUUUUCUGCAGCUCUCAGGGAUUCUGGCUCCGGAAACACUGGGCCUUUUACCACUGUUAUCCCACUGCAGUAUAAAAAGGUUUUCUCCAACACUGGCAAUUGCUAUAAUCCUUCAACAGGUGUUUUCACAGCAAUGGUCAGUGGAAUGUACUUCUUUCGAUUCUCAAUGUUCAACAACUUGGCUCCUACUCCCAGCUCGGUUGUUAGCCUGAUGAAGAACAGUGAGCGGUUGACGUCUGUGUGGGACACCAGUGGGACUGAUAGUAACGACAUGGGCAGCAACGCCGUGGUCAUCCCUCUGAAAGUGGGAGAUAAUGUGUACGUGCAGCUGGAACCAAACAGGAUGGUGUAUGAUGACAGCAUGAACUACAACACAUUCAGCGGCUUCCUGCUCUUUCGUAUGUGAUGCUUCUAACACGUGUCCCGGCAUGCUUCUUCCAUCAUUUUACAGUAAAGAAAUUUACUUCUAUUGUAGUUUCAAAUUGUGAUCUAAAUAAAAUGAGGGAUACCUUUAUUUGAA